AUAAAAAAAUUAGGGUCCAGUCUCAGUUGUCCACUGACCCGAUCGCCUCUGCUGCCGCCGCGCCGCCGAAGCCCUACCGACUCCGACCUUCCCUCAAGGGUCUGCUGUAGAUCUCGUUGUUCAAAUCACUCCUUCGAAGCCUUCAAUCUUCCAUCCAGAGGAGAAAUGAGAGGAUUGCUCAACAAGCUGGUAUCUCGCUCACUCUCUGUCGCCGGAAAAUGGCAGCAACAGCAACUCCGCCGCCUCAACGUCCAUGAAUAUCAGGGAGCCGACUUGAUGGGCAAAUAUGGCGUUAAUGUGCCAAAAGGAGUGGCUGUUUCUUCUGUUGAUGAAGUUAAAAAAGCAAUCCAGGAUGUUUUUCCUGGUGAAAAUGAGCUAGUAGUUAAAAGCCAAAUUUUGGCGGGUGGUCGAGGCUUGGGAACAUUUAAAAGUGGUUUUAGGGGUGGAGUUCACAUUGUUAAGGCCGACCAGGUUGAAGAUAUAGCUGAUGGUCUUGUUUAGGUAUCUUGUAAAUUACAUUCUCUCCUUUUUUAGGUAAAACUAGACUUGAGGCUUUAGCAAUCAAACUGAUCCUUGCCUUUGCAAUCAGUGGUUAUGGUGGCAUUUUUCUGAUUUUAUUUGGUAUUUCUACAGUUGGUAGCUUUUAUUCAUAUGCCAUUGGUCACUUGAGUUGAGUUGAUAAACUCAAUAAUCCUUUAAAUUUUGU